CAUGAGACGGAGAAGAAACAGCAAACCCUUUGGAUGAUUGCAUUGCAGAGAGGGAAGAAGGACAAAUACAAUUCAAUUGUUAUCUGUUUCUUAUUCAUUAUUAUUGAUUUUAUUUCCAUUCCUCCAAUUGAUUUUGAUCUUUUUGCAUUUUCUCAAUCUUUCAAAUUCAUCAAUGAUGAUUUUUUUUUUUUUAACGUAUAUAUAUCAAUUUUUAAAAUCUUUUUUCAUACAUGCAUUGGAUCAUGUGUUUGAUUUGUGUUGACCAAUUUGGUUGAUUAUUUUUAAUAAUAAUAAAAAAUAUUUUAUGCAUCUGCAUUGCCCUUUUGAUAGAUUUUUAUGGGAUGCAUUGUGAUAAGAACGAUUCAAUUUUUUUGCCAAAGAUCGUAGCUUUUGUUAUACGAUGAAGCUCGUGGUUCGUGUGAUUGAAGCAAAAAACUUGGUAGGUUUGGAUUCCAAUGGGUUAAGUGAAUUGUAUGUGCGAUUAAAGUUGGGAAAACAGAAGUUCAGGACAAAGGUGAUAAAGAAGAAUAUGAAUCCAAAUUGGGAUGAACAAUUUUGCUUUUGGGUUGAUGAUCUUAAAGAAUCACUUAUUAUUUCUGUCAAGGAUGAAGAUAAGUUUAUUAAUAAUCAUUUGGUUGGAAGACUUAAACUUCCAAUUUCACUUGUUUUUGAGGAAGACAUUAAAUCCCUUGGCAAUGCUUGGUACAUUUUGAAGCCAAAAAAGAAGAAGUCAAAGAAUAAGGAAUGUGGUGAGAUUCAUUUGAGUAUAUUCCUUUCUCAAAAUAAUUCAUCUUUGGAUUUAAAUGUUGCUAAUGAUCAGUCGUCACAUCAAAGAAAAUACAGUGAUGCACUUACCUGUUCUCCUUCACAAUCGUCCAAUGGUCGUUCAAACUCAUCUUCUCCUGUAAGGGAAGAAACUAUAUACUCUAAGGAUGAGAAAAAUUAUUCACAAAAAUCAUUUACUGGCCGACUUGCUCAAAUAUUUAAUAAAGGUUCUGAUCCGUCUUCGAUUUCACCCAGUAUAAGCAUGGAAUUAGAUACAUCCGAAAUGGAUAAAACUGAAGUUGGUGAGGUCAAAGUUGAGGAUCAGUCGUCAAAUGAAACUUUUGAAGAAAUUGUGAGAAAAAUGCAGUCUGCAGAUCAAGGAAGUGAAAUUCCGAGCAAUUUACCAGGAGGGGUUCUUAUAGAUCAGUUAUAUGUUAUUGCAACCGAAGACUUGAAUGCAUUACUAUUUUCACCCGAUUCAAAUUUUCCCAAGUCAUUAGCAGACAUACAAGGUACUACAGAACUGCAAGUGAGUCCUUGGAAGUUAGAGAAUGAGAAUAAAAGCUUGAAACGUUCGCUUACAUAUAUCAAGGCUGCCACUAAAUUAUUGAAGGCUAUCAAAGGCUAUGAGGAACAAACAUAUUUAAAAGCUGAUGGGAAGAACUUUGCUGUUCUGGCUAGUGUUAGCACCCCAGAUGUUAUGUAUGGAAGCACAUUCAAGGUGGAAUUACUUUAUCUGAUCACACCUGGACCGGAGUUGUCAUCAGAAGAACAAUGUUCACGUCUGGUGAUAUCAUGGAGAAUGAAUUUCUUACAAAGCACCAUGAUGAAAGGAAUGAUAGAAAAUGGAGCUCGGCAAGGUAUGAAGGAAUCCUUCGAUCAGUAUGCCAUUUUGUUAUCUCAGACUGCUAAGCCUGUUGACUCAAAGGAUCUUGGUUCCACCAAGGAACAAGUUUUGGCGUCGUUAAAGGCAGAGCCCCAAUCAGAUUGGAAGCUGGCAAUGCAGUAUUUUGCUAAUUUUACAUUCAUCUCAACUUUCUUAAUGGGGUUGUAUGUUCUUAUCCACAUGUGGCUAGCUGCUCCCAUCAUGAUUCAAGGGCUUGAGUUUUUUGGACUUGACUUGCCAGACUCAAUUUGUGAAUUUGUUGUCUGUGCUGUUUUGGUUCUUCAAGGUCAACGCAUGUUGGGUUUGAUAUCGCGUUUCAUACGAGCUAGAAGACGAAAAGGUAGUGAUCAUGGAAUUAAAGCACAGGGAGAUGGAUGGCUACUAACUGUGGCUUUAAUUGAAGGAAGCAAUAUAGCGGCUGUUGAUUCUGGCGGACUCUGUAAUCCAUAUGUUGUUUUUACUUGCAAUGGGAAAACAAGAUCUAGCUCAAUCAAGUUCCAAAAAUCUAAUCCUUCAUGGAAUGAAAUAUUUGAAUUUGAUGCAAUGGAUGACCCUCCUUCUGUGUUGGAAGUAGAAGUUUAUGAUUUCGAUGGACCUUUUGAUGAAGAUGCAUCUGUAGGACACAUCGAAAUCAAUUUCCUUAAAACAAACAUAUCGGAUCUUGCUGAAUUAUGGGUUUCUCUUGAAGGAAAGUUAGCUCUGACAUGCCAAUCUAAGUUGCACUUGAAAGUUUUCUUGGACAACACUAGAGGUGGGAAUGUUGUAAAACACUACAUAAGUAAAAUGGAGAAAGAAGUGGGGAAGAAGAUUAAUUUGCGAUCUCCUCAAACAAAUUCAGCUUUUCAAAAACUCUUUGGACUUCCGCCUGAAGAGUUUCUCAUCAACGAUUUCACCUGUCAUUUGAAAAGAAAAAUGCCCCUACAGGGUCGUCUAUUUGUUUCAGCAAGAAUACUUGGAUUUCAUGCAAAUUUGUUUGGACACAAGACAAAAUUCUUUUUGCUUUGGGAGGACAUUGAAGACAUCCAGGUCAUUCCUCCUACAUUUUCAUCAAUGGGUAGUCCAAUAAUUGUCAUAACUCUUCGUCAAGGAAGAGGCGCGGAUGCAAAGCAUGGUGCAAAAAAGCAAGACGAACAGGGAAGACUCAAGUUCCAUUUUCAGUCUUUUGUGUCUUACAAUGUUGCAAACAGGACCAUCAUGGCUCUUUGGAAGGCCAGAUCUCUGAGUAUUGAACAGAAGGUCCGAUUAGUUGAAGACGAUCCUGAAACCAGAAGUGUUGCCAGUGAAGAGAGUGGAUCAUUCCUUGGCGGUGACGAUGUUAGCAUGUCUGAGGUUCAUUCUUGUGCUCUUCCAGUUCCUGUCAGCUUCUUUAUGGAUCUAUUCAGUGGAGGUGAGUUGGACUGUAGGGUCAUGGAAAAAUCUGGCUGUGUUAGUUAUUCUUAUACCCCUUGGGUAUCUGAGAAGAAGGGUGUCUAUGAAAGGGCUAUAUAUUACAAAUCUGAGAAGCGUAUUUCACGUUAUAAAGUUGAAGUAACAAGUACUCAACAAAAAACUAUUUUGGAUGGAAAUGGUUGGCUUGUAGAAGAGGUUAUGAACUUCCAUGGAGUUCCUCUUGGUGAUUAUUUUAAUUUGCACCUUCGCUAUCAAAUUGAUGAUUUACCCCCAAAAGCAAAGGGAUGCAAAGUUCAAGUAUUAUUUGGAAUUGAAUGGUUGAAAAAUACAAAACAUCAGAAAAGGAUUACAAAGAACAUUUUAAAAAAUCUACAAGAACGAAUAAAGUUGAUCGUGAGUUUAGUUGAGAAGGAGUUUUUGGAAAAAUAAGGAACGAAUCAUACUGAAUUUGGCCUUUCUACAAUAGGAAAUGUAGCUAAUAUUCUAACAGCAUCACAAUCACUUCACUAAAUAUCGAUGUAUCAAACUUGCUAGCGCUUUUACCUGCUGGUGAUCUCAUGAUCUGUUUGUCAUCUAUGUCACUUCAUCUCUUUCAAUGAUGAUAAAAUCACAACUAUAAUGAUGCUGAAAAUCAUUCAGCUAAAAGAUGUUGAUUUGCUUCCAAAACUUGUUCAUCAAGCUAGGUUAAUGAUUGAAGAUAUUACUAACUGUUAUGUUGUAAAUGGCAAGUUAGAGUCUAGCAUUGUUAAAAAUCAAAAUUUGUGUAUUGCCACAGUUUAGAUGAUAAAGUUGGCAUCUUGUUAACGAGAGUCAUGUAUGUUGUAUCAUAGGUACUGAUUUCUUUUCCUCCAAAGAAUAGGUAAUUGUGUAAAAGAAGUUUUCAUAGGAAUGACUUGUAAAUGAUUGUUUGGUUCUGGUUACUCCAUCAUCAUGUAUAUCCCAAUUUCCUAGUAUUUUUUUUAAGACAAUCAGAUUUAUAUGUAUAUGUAGG